UUUAAUGAUGUGGAAUCAGUUUCCAUGUGUUAUAUUCAAUAUAUAUUUUAGUUUUUAUUUUCUGAUGAUACUUUUAUAAUAGAAUUAAAUGCAAUUACAAAUUAUUGUUAACUAAUUAAAUAUGUAUAUUUAAUGAAUAACAAAGAUGGCGCUCAUUUUGAUUUAUCUAUAUAUUUGUAAAGUGCUCAUUUGACAUGUGAAGAGGUUAUAUUCCUUCCUGUUUCUCAUUACAUUGAUAUUGCCUACAAACGUAUUGUACGAAAAGUUUAAUGAUAAUUUUGACACGAAAAACACGUAGGAGCAUAAAAGAGAUAGUGUAUGAAAGGAAAUUGCAUAAUAUAUAUAUAUUUAAAAAGUAUUAUUGAAUUAUUAAAUUUCUAUGACACUGGAUUGUCAAAGUAUGUUAUAUGAUGUUUUCAUGUGAUUGAAAUGUUUUUUAUUUGUUUUCUUUUAUGAAUGUGAUAUGGUGUAAUUUAUAAAUUAUAUUUUUAUUACAAAGUUUAAGACAAGGCAAUGGGUACAACACCAAGUCGAUAUGAUGAUCUAUCUAAAAAUAUUUAUUUAGAGAAAUUUUGUGGAAAAAAAAGUAUUCUUCCAAAUGAUCCAUUUUGGAACACAUUUUUAUCCUAUAACAUGAGACCACCUGUUACAAGAAAUGAUCAAAUAGAGUUGGAUUCUAGAUUGGAUUCUUCAUGUCAACAAUUACUUGCAAAUAAUAUAAGUACUGGUAAUUUUGGUAGUUUGAUACAAGUUGCUCUUAUGCGUGCUAGCAAUUUACUUGCACCAAUGCAAAAUCAAAAAAUCAUAUCAGCAUGGCAAACAUAUAAUGCAUUGUUUGCAGUCAGAUGUAUAUUAAAAUAUUUGAUUGAAACAGUUGGUGAAGAAGAAAUGAUAAAGCAUAUAGAAGCACCACAACUACCAGUGCCAACACAAUCAAAUGCAUCGUAUAGAUUAAAAGAUCUUUUUGAAGCAUUAGUUGAUAUUAUAACAGACGUACCACUAUGUGAAUUCACAUAUGUUGUACAUCUAGAAGCAAUAAAUUGUUUAUUAGUACUACUUUCUGUACAACUGUUUUCUCAAACUGCAGCUGAAUAUAGCUGUAUAUACAGAAUAGCAAUGCAUUCACAUUCUAGUGAACAUGCUCCAGCAAUGGUCUGUACUUUAUUACACAAUUUUGUGCAGCAAGAACAUGCUCCUCCUGGUUUACUUACACAGCAACCAGGAGGAAGUAUUGUUUUUAGUAUAGCUGCUGGAUUAUGGAAUGUAAUUACAAUGGGUAUGGGUAGUAGUUUAAAAAAUGUCCAAGUUACAAGUAAUGGUACUUCUGAAGAGGAAGAACGAAAACGUGAUACAGAAACACCUCUUGCUAGUCAAUCACUAUUACUUUUAUUGGUAUUAACAAAUCAUUGUACUGCAACCCAAAAUCCUUAUAGGAAUGCACUUUUUACAUUUGUAGAUAUGCAAGAAGAUUAUUCCACAAUGCAAGGAAAAAGUGCGUUUAGAUUUAAUAUAAAUAAAUUAUAUAAUACUAUAUGUAAAAUACCAAACACGGAUGAGGUUACAUUAUUAUUAUACAUGUUGCUACAUAGGAAUUCAAGUGUAAAACAAGAUAUCAUGAGAAGAUCAGAUAUACAACUAUUAGUAACACCAAUACUUCAAAUAUUAUAUCAUGCUCCAAAUAAUACAUCCCAUCAUAUUUAUAUGUCUCUCAUUAUUCUCUUAAUUUUAAGUGAAGAUGAAACAUUUAAUAAAAGAAUACACGAAAUAAUGCUUAAAGGUGUAAAUUGGUAUACAGAAAGAUCAAUAAGUGAAAUAUCAUUAGGAGGUCUAUUAAUACUUGUUGUCAUAAGAACCAUACAAUAUAAUAUGUUUAAAAUGAGGGAUAAAUAUCUUCAUACAAAUUGUUUAGCAGCUUUGGCAAAUAUGUCAGCACAAUUUACAUCUUUACAUCCUUAUGUUAGUCAAAGAUUAUUAAGUUUGUUUGAAACUCUUGCAAAGAAACAUGCUAGAUUGGAAACAAAAAUACGUACACAGCCUUCUGUUUCUUCCGAUAAUACUACUAUUACAAUUAAUGGAACAACAGCAAACACAGACUUGAUUCAAGACUUAACAAUACUUGAAGAAGUUCUACGAAUGGUAUUAGAGAUUAUAAAUAGUUGUUUAACUCAUAGACUUGCACAUAAUCCAAAUUUAAUAUAUACUCUUUUAUACAAAAAAGAUAUUUUUCAACCAUUUAGAAUGCAUUCAGCAUUUCAAGAUAUUGUGCAAAACAUAGAUUCUGUCAUAAAUUUCUUUUCUUAUAAAUUGGAGCAAAAGGAUCAAUCACAACUUGGUGUAAGUCAAGUUUUAACUACAAUUCAGCAAGGUACUAGUGAAUGGCCACGUGACCGUUUAAGGAAAUUUCCAGAACUAAAAUUUAAAUAUGUAGAAGAGGAACAACCAGAAGAAUUUUUUAUUCCUUAUGUAUGGAGUGUUGUAUGUCAAAGUGCAUUGUUACAUUGGAAUGCAGAAAAUAUAAAAUUAUUUUCACCUCAUAGUGGUGAACAAACGACAAUUAUUGUUUGCUGA